AUGCGGCCGGCCGUGACGCACGACGACCUGUCCCUCCGCAAGGCGCAGGAGCGCCGGGCGGGGCGCUCCGGCAGCCAGAUCGCCGUCGGCCUCGUCGCGCUCUCCGUCCUCUGCGGCCUCGUCAGCUUCAUCCUCUGCCUCGCCGCCGAGGGCUCGCGCUCCGAGGUGUCCAACUACCUGAUGACCGUGGCCGGGAGCGGGGCGCAGGUGGAGCUGUGCUUCUACAACGGCAGCGGCCGCUCGGCGCUCGCCUUCUCCAUCGGCGCCUUCCUGCUGCUGGCCGUCGCCAUGUUCGCCGUGCACGCCUACAUGCUCCUCGCCGUCGCUUCGCCGGACUCCGCCGCCGCAGGCCUCGCCGUCGCUGAGGACCACCCCCGCGUGUCCUCCGCCACCAACACCCUCACCUGGCAAACCUGCUGCCUCUUCUUCGUCACAUGGUACGGAAAUUACUUUCAAGCGCCGCGAAACCAUGCCAUGCAUUGGGCAAGAAGAAUGGUGGUGUGGAUUAAUAAUAAGAGCACACUCGUCGAUGGGUGCAGGAUUUGCUUCGGGCUCGCGGAGGUGCUGCUCAUGAUCGGGAUCGGGGUAGAGUCCGGCCACGUCAGCGACUGGCGGAGGCCGCGGCAGGUGUGCCACCGGGUGCGCCCGGGGAUGUUCGCGGCGGCGGGGAUACUGGGGCUCAUCACCGUCGUCGUCGGCUUCGUCGUCUACGUGACCGCAGUGCACACGCAGAAGCUGCUGCGGCAGCACGGCGGCGGCCACUACGCCCCGCACCCCGGCAGCGCCCCCUACCCCAGCGGUGCACCAUACCCCGGCGUCCAGCAGCACCACCUGCAGCCGCCGGUGUCGUACCCACCACACCCGGCCCCGCACCCACACCCUCAUCCGGCGCCGAAUGCGCCGGAGAUCACGGCCGCCGCUUGCCAGGUUCAGUCCAGCAACGCGUGGUGCAUCACCAAGGACAAGGAGUACACCGAUGUUUAA